AUGCUGGCGAAAGCUGUUGCGACUGAGUGCGGGUGCUCGUUCUUCAACGUCUCGUCGGCCUCGCUGGCUUCCAAGUACCGCGGGGAGAGCGAGCGGAUGGUGCGCUGCCUGUUCGAGCUGGCGCGGGCCUACUCCCCUAGCGUCAUCUUUAUCGAUGAGAUCGACUCCCUGUGCACCCAGAGGGGCGCCGAGGGAGAGCACGAGGCCAGCCGGCGUGUGAAGAGCGAGCUGCUUGUGCAGAUCGACGGCUGCAACAGCCAGGAGGGGGAGGAGCGGCAGCACGUGGUGGUCCUCGCGGCCACCAACUUCCCGUGGGACAUCGACGAGGCGCUGCGGCGGCGGCUGGAGAAGCGCAUCUACAUCCCGCUGCCGGGCGCGGACGAGAGGGAGGAGCUGCUGAAGAUCAACCUCAAGGGGAUCGACGUGGACCCGGGGGUGGAGUUUAGCGCAGUGACGAAGCGCCUCGACGGCUACAGCGGCGACGACAUCACCAACAUCUGCAGGGACGCGGCUAUGAACGGCAUGCGGCGCCGCAUCGCGGGCAAGACGCCGAGCGAGAUCCGGGAGAUGAGUAAGGACGCCAUGAAGGAGCCCGUCACGCAGGACGACUUCUUGCAGGCCAUAGGCAAGAUCAACCCCAGUGUCGGGGAGAAGGACAUAUUGAGGCACGAGAAUUGGCUCAAGGAGUAUGGAAGCGUGCAGCUCAGCACCAUCACCGGCAUGCCGCCGCGCGUGGUCGGCGCCGCUCAGGCUGGCGGCCUGGGGGGCUUUUUGGAGACCAUCCCGCCGAUCACACGGUUUUUUGCGGGUUCCAUCUUCGUGUUGGCACUUGCGCACUACGUGGGGCUCCUCAACCCCGUCAGCAUAGCGCUGGUUUGGCCAGAGGUCUACGGCCACUACCAGGUGUGGCGGCUGCUGACGUGCCACACGUUCAUGGCGUUCAGCAUGGGGUUUGUCUUCAAUAUGGUGUUCUUGAUCAAGUAUGGCGGCAGCCUGGAGACAGAGGUUUUCCGAUUCAACCCCGCGGAUUACUUGUUCAUGCUCAUCUGCGGGGGGGUGUUUUUGAUGACGGUGCCGCCGCUUGUCGGCAAGCCCCUGUACUUCACCACCGGCCCGCUGGUCCUGAUGAUGGUCUACGUGUGGAGCAGAAACUUCCCAGACGUGCCGGUCAAUAUCUACGGCCUGUUCACAAUCCAGUCCUUCUACCUGCCGUUCGCCUUCGUCGCCAUGACCAUCGUGUUCGGCGGCAGCCCCAUCCCGGACCUCUUUGGCAUCGCGGCCGGCCACAUCUGGUACUUUUUCACGGACCUGUACCCCCGCAGCAGCGGCAGGAACCUCCUCAAGACGCCAAAGCUGCUUACAAGCUGGGUCAGCAACAUGGGUGUCGGCCCGCCGCCAACAGUGGAGGAGCAGCAGCAGCGUGGCGUUUUCAGGGGCCGAGGGCAGCGGUUGGGAACGCAAUGA